AUGGUGGACAUUGAUGACCUUGAUGAUGACGACAUGAUCGAGGGGGCCUCGAAUGCUGAUCAUCCCAUUAAUCCUGAUGUGCAGGCACAACAGAUCACCAAUGAAGAUCUACAUGAACAGAUAAAGCACUUUAGUCAUCAACAUUUGUUAACCCUCAUCAGCGGCCAUCAUGAGUGUGACAUAUGCAACACUUUUAGCCAAGGUUUCGUCUACAAUUGUAAACAAUGUUCUUUCAACCUUGACCUUCAAUAUAAUUUUCUUCCAGACUCGCUUAAACAUGAGGCCCACGACCAUUGCCUCAUCCUAAACAGAGGAUCGAUGCAUUGUGUUGGUUGUGGUUGUCGACCAGAUUUCAGCUUCAGUUGCACGUAUCUAGGAUCAUGUGUGUUCUCUAUUUAUUGUAUUAAAUGUGUCAAACUGCCUCUUAUCGCUAGGCAUAAAUAUGACAACCAUCCUCUCAAGCUUACAGAUGCUAGUGUUAUAGACGAUGAUGAAUAUUAUUGUGAAAUUUGCGAAGGAGAACGAGAUCCAGAAUAUUGGUUCUACAGCUGUGAAGACUGCGACUUCGAUUUCCAUCCUGACUGUGUUCUGGGGAGGUAUCCUCAAAUCAAGUUAGGAAGCACUUACAAGCAUGAUGCUCACCCACACCCUGUCACCUUUAUUGAUAAGAUAAAGAGUGUCAUUCCUAAUGACAAGCGAUACAAGGAUAUUAGUCCUUGCGAGGUGUGUCAUGAACCUUGCGAAGGAUUGGUGUAUGAAUGUUCAGAAUGUAAUAUAAAUAUCCACCGAAACGGAUGUUGCAACUAG